AUGGGCGAACAUACCAAAAUCAACCCUGGACCGUUCAUCGAGUUCUUAAACAAUGUGUGCCCAGCGAUUCUGGGAGCUCCGAAGGAUGAGAUCUCGAGACAUUUCGCCAGCUUGGAGAUGAUGAACAAGGUACGCCACUUCAUCUACGAUGACCAAGACACUACCUUUUUCAUUGCUCGCGAGCUGGUUGACCGAGAAGACAAAAAGGAAGAUGGCAAGAGUUCUGAGGAGAAGGAAUAUACCAUCAUCACAGAGAACGAAGUUGUCUUUCGUAGACAAGCCUGUGCCGUGGCAUUGCUGAAACGGAGCCCUGCGACCUUUCGAGCGGCCUAUGAAGGCACCUUGGAAGAAGGUGCCGUUCCUUCCAACGGCAACUUUACGUCGCACCUCCAGUUGCUGACCAUGGGAGCAGAGUCCGAGUGGUCUCCCUUCGAGCUUGUCCACCUCUAUCUUCAGAACGGCUUUGCGCCGCUGUUUAACGCGGUUGCGAAGCAGUCAGAAAGCGCCAACAAGACGGGUGCUGGUGAUGAUGACCGUGAGGAAAUCAAGGUCGGCGUCCCGAAUGUGAUGCGCAAGAUCAUGGACCUAAGUAUGGCGCUGAUGCAGUGCCAGCAGAACGUUGAUAUCGAAAACAUUUCUCUUCCAAUAGAUCCAGAAAUCGCGGAGGCCUUCGAGAAGGCGAAGUCAGAAGGAAGGCAGCUAAGCACCGACGACUUUAAGGAACGUAUGAACGACUCGACCUUCCAGAAUCAACUGCAAAGCGGUGUGAACAAAUGGAGCAAGGAGAUUCAACGGGCUGCGAAGAUGCAGCGUGAUUCAUCGACGGGCAGCACGAUGCAAGAGAUCAAUUUCUGGCUCGGCAUGGAGAAAGUCCUCAAUGAUGCUCAGCAGCAGCUGCAGACGCCGGAGAUCCAGCUGACCCUGAACCUCUUACGUGGCGCACGGCGCUUCCUGGCCACCAUGUCCUUCGAGGCGGACACGGGGCUGAAGCCAGCCAUCGAGAAGGUGUCGAAUUACCUCAGCUUGCCCAGCCCCGAGGAAAAAAAAGCACGCUUGGAGUCGAAAUCACGGCUUACAGCAAGUGCUCGUCGUCGCAGGCUCCGGGACUUCCCCAUCAACGAGCUACUCGUGGCUGGUGGCUGA